ACCUGCAGAAGAACAAAUUCGGCGACGGGCAGGGCGGUGCCAAGCUCCAGAUAGUGUCGGCCGCCGCUGAAGAUGGUCAGGAUGCUGCGAAGUGCGGAUGGAAGAGCACCUGCACGGUCCCGACGCCGAACGGCUGCUCUGUCAUGCAGACGGCCACCGGCACGAGCAAGAAGGCUGCCGAAGCGAGCGCGGUGGAGAUGGUGCUGAAGGUGCUGAGGAAUCUGGGCCUCAUGCGCAACGUCAGGGACGUGGCGUCGACCCCCGCGGCUGGAGGCGUCGAGCCGAGCGCGAAGCGGACGAAGCUUUCGAGCUUCGACUUCGAGGACGGCGCUGGCGCCGCGCCGCCACUGCAGGCGAUCCGCGCCGAGGCGCUGGAGAUGUCCCAGCGGAAGGUGGAGGCCGAGGGGAUCAGGGGUAACGACGGCAAGGGCGGCGGCAAGCGAAAGGUAGUGUUCGGCUACAACAUCGAGUCCGCCAAGGGCUGCUUGUUGCAGUACAUCCGCAAGAGGGGCCUCUCCGACAAGAUACCAUCGGUGCCGCUGCAGCCGACAGGCUGCCAGGCCACGAAGCUGCGGGAAGCGCCAACGUACCUCGCGCUCGAGGCGGGCCGGGCCACUCUUGCGCGGCAGGUGGUGGCCGAGCUGGUCCAGCACGGCGAGCUGUCCCCGUUCCAGAGCAAGACCGACGCCCUGAGGGAGGGCCUGCAGCCCUUGGACGCGGGCCUCACUCCCGAGGCCGAGGCGCGCCUGACGGCCGCGCUGGGCAAGCUCGGCGUGCCGCUGGGUGGCUCGGGGCAGAUGGUGCAGCCGUGGGUGGACGCCUCCGCGUGGGCCACGACGCCCACCGCCAGG